AUGUCGCGCAAACGCCGCAACACGUCCUCUCCCGAGCCGGACGAGUCUCCCCCAGUCAAGCGUCGAUACCGGAGCGAUUCAGAGGAGGAUGAGGCAGACGAAGCCCCGUAUGUCGACCAGUUUAGUGGCCAGGUCGGCGCCUUUCCUGGGCUCGGAGAGGACACGGGUGAAUUGUUUUAUGGUCCUGCGAGUGAUGGAGUUGAUUACCUGAGGAUGGUGCGGUCAGAGGCAAAAGGUGUCCCGUCGAUUAUAACUACACAGAUAUCCGCCAGCCAUCUGGAUGGACUCAAGGAUAAGGAGGAGGUAGAACAAGGCGGGUAUUACUAUGACGGAGCAUACACAGCAGUCAACCAGACUCUCUCCAGGAUUGAAGCCAAAACGCCCUUGCCGCCUGCCCAACUCCAAUACUACAACUCGCUCCUUGCGCAUUUCAGACUAGUCCGUGCUACCUUAAGAUGUCUACCACCUCUUCCAGCCGUUGAAGCACUUGGCCCCUCACAGUUCAUAUCAUUUCCGGAAAAUACUCGAAAGGUGCGGAAGCAGUGGGAAGAGCACAUGUUGUCUGUGGAUCCUCAUCCUGUUCAGGUGGCAUGUAUGGACACAGAUACCGUCGUGGAGUUGGUCAGGUUCCUUUCGGCAAAGCUGGACAAGAUGCUUCACACGAGGGACAUGGCGAGGAUCACGAGAAUCGGAGCUUGGACGUGGGCAGUCCUCGGGAAGUGCCGAGAUCGUGGGGAGUUGUCGAGCGAAGAAGUGGGAGAUAUCCGAGAAUUGGCGCAGAAGGCGCUUCGGUUACAGGAGACGGGAGGCGAACGGCAUGAGACUGAGGAAGAGGGUGAGGGUGAGGACGAGGACGAGAAGGAGGUUCCAAGUGAAAAGCCAGAUGCUGGCGCCAAUGACAGUCUUGAAGAGACACCGACUCUCAAAAAUAGGGAUGGAGAGGCAGAGCUCGCUGAAAUCAUUGAGGAUUCGAGUCGACAAAAGUGUGUCAGUGUGGUCUUGGACAUGAUCGUCACGGUUGCCGGCGAGGUUUACGGCCAGAGAGACUUGCUGGAUCAUCGGAGCAAAUGGACUGACUGA